AUGAAAUCUGCAACAGGCAGCGGGCCGCUGUCCCUCGUCUCGCAGCUCAAGGUCGGUGCCUUCUCCUACUGCCUCACCAGCGACGCCGCCAAGACGAACCCGCUCCUGUUCGGCUCCGGCGACUUGACGGGCGCCGGUGUCCAGUCGACGCCGCUCCUGCAGACAUCCACCUACUACACCGUGAACCUGGAGAGCAUCUCAAUCGGCGCCGCGACGACGGCCGGAACCGGAAGCAGCGGCAUCAUCUUCGACUCCGGCACCACGCUGACGUUCCUCGCGGAGCCGGCGUACACGCUGGCCAAGGCGGCCGUCCUGUCGCAGACGGCGAACCUCACCAUGGCCCCCAGCAGGGACGGGUAUGAGGUCUGCUUCCAGACGUCCGGCGCCGUCUUCCCGUCCAUGGUGUUGCACUUCGACGGCGGCGACAUAUGGAUCUGCCGACGGAGAACUACUUCGGGGCGGUGGACGACACCGUCAGCUCCUGGAUCGUGCAGAAGUCGCCGAGCCUGUCCAUUGUCGGAAACAUCAUGCAAAUGA